AUGACUAGUCACAGACCAACACAAUGGAAAAGCUGGUUAUAUCUUGCAAAAUGGUGGUACAAUACCAACUUCCACAACAGUCUCCAAUGCAGUCAUUUUGAAGCUUUGUAUGGGUUUUCUCCUCCUCGGAUUUCAUUAGGGCCACUCUUAGAUACUACUGUUCCGGCUGCUGAAGAUGUAGUUAUGCAGAGGCAACAGAUGCAACAAUUACUGCAAGAUAACCUCUUGAAGGCUCAAGAGAGGAUGCAGUUGUUUGCUGAUCAAAAAAGGACUGAGAGAACAUUUCAACCUGGUAACAUGGUGUAUUUGAAACUUCAUCCUUACAGGCAAUCCUCAUUAGCUCUAAGGAAGAAUCUCAAAUUGAGCUCCAAGUAUUAUGGUCCAUAUUCAGUGCUUGGGAAGAUUGGACAGGUUGCUUAUAAGUUACUGCUACCCCCUACUUCUAAGGUUCACCUAGUGUUCCAUGUUUCGUUAUUAAAGAAAAAGGUUGGCACUAAGGUUGUGGUGCAAUCUACCUUGCCUAUGACUAGUGAUGAAUGCCAAUUUUUAGUCAAACCAGCUGCCAUUUUGCAGAGGCAACUGACUAAGAAAGGAAAUGUUGAUGUUGUGAAAGUACUUAUUCAAUGGUCCAAUCUUUCUCCAGAGGAUGCAACUUGGGAGGAUUAUGAUUUCAUCAAAGCUAAGUUUCCUGAUUUUAUUUCUAAUCCUUGA